UUUUGGUCGCAAGUAGGAAGAUUUUUGCACUACACCGGAGAGGGGGAGCCACGGAGUCAACCGCGCCACCGUGCACUGCCGCCAAACCCGCCCCAGCCCGGCCCGGCCCCGCGGCGGGGCACGAUGAGCCCGAGCCGGAGCCGGCCCGCCGGGGAGUGAGCGCGGGGCGCGGAGGGCGCGUUGCGCAGCUGCUCCUGCGCACAACCCCGCGGCCGCCGCCGCCGCACUGGCAGUGAGUGUGAAAGGCUCCUCGGUGCUGAGCUCCCGGGGCCGGGAGUAGGAGCAGGAAGCGCAGGCCACGCAGGGACCCAACUGAAACAAAGUGUUGGCCGCCCAGCGGCGGCGGCGCCUCGCCCCAACCCUGCCCCUCCCGCCUGCCCGCAACUCCACUGCCCACCAUGGCUUCCGAGGAGCUGUACGAGGUUGAAAGCAUCGUUGACAAGAGGAAAAACAAAAAAGGGAAGACAGAGUAUUUGGUUCGGUGGAAAGGCUAUGACAGUGAGGAUGACACUUGGGAACCAGAACAGCAUCUUGUGAACUGUGAGGAAUAUAUUCAUGAUUUUAACAGACGCCACACUGAAAAGCAGAAAGAAAGCACAUUAACCAGAACAAAUAGGACCUCUCCAAACAACGCUAGGAAACAGAUUUCCAGAUCCACCAAUAGCAAUUUUUCUAAGACCACUGCUAAAUCACUAGUGAUUGGCAAAGACCACGAGUCCAAAAACAGUCAGUUAUUUGCUGCCAGCCAGAAGUUCAGGAAAAACACAGCUCCAUCUCUCUCGAACCGGAAGAAUAUGGACCUAGCAAAAUCAGGUAUAAAGAUACUUGUGCCUAAGAGUCCCAUUAAGAGCAGGACCACAGUGGACGGCUUUCAGAGUGAGAGCCCUGAGAAAAUGGACCCCGUUGAACAGGGUCAGGAGGACACAGUGGCACCAGAAGUGGCAACCGAAAAGCCAGCUGGAGCUUUAUUGAGCCCUGGUGCAGAGCGAGCUAGAAUGGGGAGCAGGCCCCGAAUACACCCACUAGUGCCUCAGGUGUCUGGCCCCGUGACUGCACCCAUGGCCACGGGAUUAGCCGUUAAUGGAAAAGGUACAUCUCCAUUUAUGGAUGCAUUAACAGCCAAUGGAACAACCAACAUACAGACAUCUGUUACAGGAGGGGCAGCCGGGAAAAGGAAAUUUCUUGACGACCGAAGAGACCAGCCUUUUGACAAGCGGUUGCGUUUCAGUGUGAGGCAAACAGAAAGUGCCUACAGAUACAGAGAUAUUGUCGUCAGGAAGCAGGAUGGCUUCACCCACAUCUUGUUAUCAACAAAAUCAUCAGAGAAUAACUCACUAAAUCCAGAGGUAAUGAAAGAAGUCCAGAGCGCCCUGAGCACAGCUGCUGCCGACGACAGCAAGCUUGUGCUGCUCAGCGCCGUGGGCAGUGUCUUCUGCUGUGGUCUCGACUUUAUUUAUUUUAUACGGCGUUUAACAGAUGACAGAAAAAGAGAAAGCACUAAAAUGGCAGAAGCUAUCAGAAACUUCGUGAAUACUUUCAUUCAGUUUAAGAAGCCUAUUAUUGUAGCAGUAAAUGGCCCAGCCAUUGGACUAGGAGCAUCCAUAUUGCCUCUUUGUGAUGUGGUUUGGGCCAAUGAAAAGGCUUGGUUUCAAACACCCUAUACUACCUUCGGACAGAGUCCAGAUGGCUGUUCCACCGUUAUGUUUCCCAAGAUUAUGGGAGGAGCAUCUGCAAAUGAAAUGUUGCUCAGUGGCCGUAAGCUGACAGCACAGGAAGCAUGCGGGAAAGGCCUGGUGUCGCAGGUGUUCUGGCCCGGGACCUUCACCCAGGAAGUCAUGGUUCGCAUUAAGGAGCUUGCUUCAUGCAAUCCAGUUGUACUUGAGGAAUCCAAAGCACUUGUGCGCUGUAACAUGAAGAUGGAGUUGGAGCAGGCCAAUGAGAGGGAGUGUGAAGUGCUGAAGAAAAUCUGGGGCUCCGCCCAGGGGAUGGACUCCAUGUUAAAAUACUUGCAGAGGAAGAUUGAUGAGUUUUGAUUGGCAGGCUGCCUGCUGAUGACACUGGAGUUGUAGAACAGAACAUCUGGGGCUCCAAGGUGCCCUAAUCCAUCCUCACAGCCUGAAACAAGCUCACCCUUAGCUCAUGCUUCGAAGCAGGUCUUGAAACAUUCAAGCUAUUUAUUAUCAAGGAGUUUUUAAGUACUGUAACUUUAAAAUAAAUAACUACAAAACUCCUUUGUCCAAACAUUCGUAUUUUAUACUUAAUAUUUACACAAGUAUGAAAGUAUAAUGGUGAGUUCUAGACUGCCCUUUGAAUCUCUAAUUUUUGUUAUUUUUGGCUUGUACUGUAUAAAAAGGGAAGUGUGGUUUGCUGGUUUGGGGUGGCAGAAAAGUCUGGGAUAGUGUUUGUUUUCCUUAUUUUGUCCUUCUAGAACAGACUCUAAAGAGGUACUACAUGGCCUCACUUCCCCUGCCCCAAAUAGAGAUACAGAAGAAUCUGAGAUGUGCUUUUGGCUCCAAGAAGGUAUACAUACCUUAGAUGAAAAGUCUAAAUUAAAAGUAAGACUAGCCUUUUUGGAUAUUUCUGAUAAAAAGUCCACUGAUGAACAUACCCGCCCCCCCCCCCCCCAAACUAAAGUAUGCUUAGGAUUUAUGCUGAAGAAGAAAGUCGAUUUGAUUUUUCCUUCUUUUUUAGUUGUAAUUCCAGUUUGAUCCUGGGAGGAAGUGAGUGUAACUUCCAUCUGCUCCACCAUCUCUUGGAUCCUCCCUCCUCUUUUUUAAAAUGUCAGGUUCUUACCCAGUUAACAUGAAGAAACCACUGUCUCUCUAGAAGAAAGCUCAUUUUGCAGUAUUAGUGAAUCACUGAAUAGCUUAAGUAUGAAUAUCUAAGUUAUAAGUUAGUCUUAGUGGGGAUUUACAUAGUUUCUCUGACUCUUGAAAAAAUAACUACAAUGCUUCUUGUUGCUGGGUGAGAAAUACUACUUUAUAUACAAUUUUGGUUUUCUAUUGCAGGUAUGAUUGAUGUAUUACACCAAAAAAAGUAUUUUUAUGUUUAUAAAGUGUAUUUUUAGGUUCACUUAGAAUAUAUUUUAUUUAAUAAGUUAAAAUUCUUUUGGCACACUAUUAAAAUGCAGAAACUUCUUUU